GGCUUGACUCGUGGAUCUAGCCGUCAGCAUUAUCUUAAUUCAUCUUGUCAUGUUGUAAUGGUAAAAUUUAAAAUUUUUAUUGUUUGAGAUUGAUUUUCUUCUUGGCCGAGUUCUGCUCACAAGGCCAUUUUUCGGCAGUGAUUCGGAGCCUUUUAUCCAGAAUCCCACAUCACUGGGCCCGCUUGUUCAAUUAUUCCGGUUUCCAGAAUUGUAUGGUCAGCAUCAAGCACAAGCUAAUAUCAACUUCAUCUCAUGUUGGGUGAUCAUGAGGCGGGAUACCCUCACAUGUCACUAAUAGGGACCGAAAAGGUACAGAACGCCCCAGUCGUACAGACAGUCUUGCAUGGAAGCUCGUGAUAAAAUUCUAUCAAGAAAGGCCGGAGACUAAACAGAACUGUCUGAAUUAUCCUGAUCAAACCGGAUUUUUGCCUUUGCAGCACUCUCAUGUUCUCCUUUUGGACAGGCACACUGAAAUGGUGCAUGUAGGUGCAUGUAGGUACGAUGGAGUUUCAGUACAUAAGUGAUCGACCAUUCCCCCGUUGAUCAUCUUCCACACCUUGUCUACUCAGUAUUGGUUUCUCUACUUUACAAGCCAAACCUUCAUCAUGGUUAACGUGACCAAAAGCGUGAUUUUACUCUCCCUGGUGCUUCAGUCAUCAUGUAUGCAGCUCCAUAUACCUCAGGUCGACAAGGUAGUGACGAAGGUCCUGAACAAAUUUGCACCUUAUGUACACAACAAGGGCAACCAUAGCGACGUCGCUGUCAUUCCAGCAAAGGAUGAUAUGGCCAAGAUUAUUCCUCGUGCGACCCCUUAUUGGUAUGAGCAGAUUUCGCAUCAGGGCAAAUCCGCAUUUGGCCCUUCAGGAUAUAAGGUGUAUCGAAAUGUCAAGGAUUUUGGCGCAAAAGGUAAGUUCAUAAAUAUACCGGUGGUCAUUGCUAACAAAAUUAUCUAGGUGAUGGUGUUACCGAUGAUACUGCCGCUAUCAACGCUGCUAUCAGUUCCGGUGGAAGAUGUGGUCAAGGGUGUUCUUCGACCACAACCACUCCUGCAGUUGUAUACUUCCCAUCUGGAACCUAUUUGAUAUCGUCAUCGAUAGUAGACUACUACUACACUCAAAUUAUCGGUAAUCCAAACAGUUUACCGGUUCUCAAAGCUACACCCAAUUUUUCAGGCUUCGGUCUGAUCGAUGCAGACCCAUAUUAUUCUCCCGUUCUUAACUGGGGCUCCACCAAUGUGUUCUUGAGACAAAUCCGCAACUUGGUCUUUGAUAUGACUAGCAUUCCUGCUGGAACCACAGCAACAGGUCUGCAUUGGCCAACUUCUCAAGCGACAAGCUUACAGAAUGUUGUAUUCCAGAUGAGUUCCGCACCAGGAACUCAACACACUGGUCUAUUCUGUGAAAGUGGUGAGUAAAAUCGAGUCUGGAGAGAAUUCCACACUGACAUUUUGAAAAAAGGUUCUGCUGGACUUUUGGUUGAUGUUACCUUCAAUGGUGGCCUUGUUGGUGCUGCCAUUGGCAACCAGCAAUUUACCAUGAGAAACUUGGUUUUCAACAACUGUGUUACGGCGAUUAGCAUGUUCUGGGAUUGGGGAUGGUUGUUCCAAGGUAUCAGUAUAAACAACUGCCAGAAAGGAAUUGAUAUUUCGGCAGGAGGAUCCACCGCUCAGAACGUGGGUUCGGUUAUUGUGAUUGACAGUUCAAUCACUAACACUCCCGUCGGAAUUAUUACAGCUUACACAUCCAAUGCAACACCAGACACAGCUGGUAGUCUCAUACUUGAAAAUGUGGCGCUCAGUAAUGUCCCCACAGCUGUCACUUUGAGUGGUGGAGCGACACAAUUGGCUGGUACAAGUGGAAGCACGACCAUUGCUGGUUGGGGCCAAGGGCGCAAAUAUGAUCCCAAUGGUCCAUCUGAUUUCCAAGGCGCUAUCACUCCAAAUAAUCGACCUGCAUCUUUACUCAGCGGAAACAAAUAUUAUACCCAGUCGAAACCUCAAUACAAUACCUUGUCAGUCUCUUCAUUUACGAGUGCGAGAACCAAUGGUGCGGUUGGAGAUGGUGUAACCGAUGAUACUGCUGCUCUGCAACAUGGAAUUAAUAAUGCAGCAAGUUCCGGACAGGUAUUUUUCCUAGAUGCAGGUACUUACAAAGUAACAAGCACAAUUACUAUUCCUCCUGGUUCAAGAAUAGUAGGCGAGUCUUAUUCUACCAUCAUGUCGAGUGGCAGUUUCUUCAACAAUAUCAAUAGUCCUCAACCGGUUGUACGAGUUGGAAACCCUGGUCAAACGGGACAUGUCGAAUGGAGUGAUUGUUUAGUUUCAACACAAGGUCAACAAGCUGGUGCUACGUUGAUCGAAUGGAACCUCGCUAAUUCUGGCUCAACGCCAUCUGGAAUGUGGGACGUGCACACACGAAUUGGUGGUUUCACAGGAUCGAAUCUACAAGUUGCCCAGUGCGAGAAGAACCCAGCCAGUACAACGGUCAACUCAAACUGUAUUGCUGCAUACAUGGGCAUGCAUAUCACAGCAGGUGCCAGCGGCUUGUACAUGGAGAAUGUGUGGAUUUGGACUGCUGAUCAUGAUAUCGAUGAUCAAGGUUUGAGACAACUCGAUAUCUAUGCAGGCAGAGGUCUAUAUAUUGAGAGUACCGCGGGAACUUUCUGGCUGUAAGUCUAUCUUGUUCCUGAUAACGUGAAAAUAAGCUAACAUUUUUCAGUGUCGGCACUGGUGUUGAACAUUUCACACUUUAUCAAUACCAAUUGGCCAAUACCAAGAACAUUUUCAUGGGUUUCGUGCAGACAGAAACACCGUAAGUUUCUCGAUUAAUCUCAUAUUGAAAGCAUUGCUGAUUAUCCUUAGAUAUUAUCAACCACAACCAAUUGCACCAACCCCCUUCAGCGUUGUCACGUCUCUUAACGAUCCUAACUUUAGUGCUUCAUGCGCAGGGUAUUCCGGUAACUGUGCUUCGGCCUGGGGUUUGAGGAUUAUUAACUCCAAUAACAUUCUUGUUUAUGGAGCGGGACUCUACUCAUUCUUCGACAAUUAUUCUACCAGUAUGUUUCCCUGGUUAUUUACCGUCUCUAAACCUGAAGAAUUUUGUCGAGAUAUACUAACACAUCAAAGCCUGCUCCAACGGUGGCGGUCCCGAAAAUUGCCAGACGAACAUCCUCAGUCUUGAGGGCUCAAUCUCAAAUGUCAAUAUCUACACCUUGGCUACAGUCGGCGUCACGAACAUGAUCACGAGAGAUGGAAAGUCUCAGGCGUUGUAUAGCGCGAAUCUCAAUGUAUAUCCUACUUUGAUUACAUUGUAUAAGUCUGGUUAGAGUAUGGAGUUGGUAGAAGUGGUUUUUGGGAGAUAUGCGGGUAUCUGGUGGUAAAGCUUGAGAUUGGUAACGUUUGAAUGGUGUUGGAGUCUAGGAACUUUGGGUGUGGAAGGGCUUGUGGAUGGGUGGGAUGGGGUGGUUUUUUGUCUUCGUUUUAGUUGGCUCAUUGA